CAGAAACACUCUGAUGCUGGGUGUGUUAAGACUGAUGUGAGAGACAUUUAAAAUUGAGGAAGAGAGAGAGAGAGAGAGAGCAGACAGUGUAUUUCACUCACUCUUACACACACACAAACACACAGAGAGAUGAUCAUCUACCAAUGCUGUGGCUGUCUUCCUAAACCACCUCUGGUGUAACCUGUUGAUUGUAGAAGACCGGUGGGCUACAAGUCACCAUGGGGCCCUGUGACUACUGGUCCUGGACCAGCCUACCUCUCGCCAUCCUGGCUGUGCUUCUCUUCCACCGGGAUGCCAAUGGUCAAGAUUCUGAUUGUUUCCCGGAGAUUAGAGUGACACGGAACACAGUAUUGAGAGCUUCAACUGGGGAACAACUGAAGAUGAACUGUUCUGUUGAUUUCUGUUCCAACUCACCAACACCAUCAUGGUGUAAGUUUGAUGAAUCAAACAUAUGCCUAACUGUCAACACAACAACUCUCAUUCGAACACAGUUGACAAAUUUGACAAACACUACAUGGAUCUCAUUUCUGACUUUCAAAAACAUAUCCAGAGGUGAUGCUGGUCUAUACAGGUGUGAAUUACACACGGCUGUGGGUCAUUCUAUCAAUGUUAUCGUCUCAGAGAGAAUUGAAGACACCACAGAUUUAUAUCAGAACAAUGAAACAAACAGGACAGUGAGUCAGAGUGACAGUUUCCUGGAGUGGGUGUGGCCUUAUGUUUACUCCUCGGCUGGGAUUAUGGUGUUUGUCAUCGUGGUGAUAACCAUAUCCAUGCUCUCAAUGCAUGGUUGUAAAGGUGCCUGUCCGGCCAGGAAGUCAAGGAAAGAGGACCAAACAGAGAACCAGUAUAUGGCUAUACCAAUGACCCAGCAAGCAUUCCCACGACCCAACCUACAAUCCCACCACAGAGGAAGCAUCCGAUCCCACCAAUCCCAGGACCGGCCCCAAGCCCAGGCACAAGCCCAGCCCACCUCACAGCCGGACUGUAUCUAUGACAACGCACCUGCCAGGGGCCCACGUCGCACUCAUCCGGCUUCCGGCCAAGCUGCAGCCAAUCAGGUAGCUGUCCCGGUGGACACGGACAAUACCUAUAGCAACGGGAAGGAGAAAGAGGAAGAGAGUGAUAUUAUGUACGCAGCGCUAAACCAUCAGGUAAAGCCUCGAGCCGCUGCGCGCCCUGCACAGCCUCGGGUAGAGGGCUCAGAGUACGCAGCCAUACGAGUGUCCUGAGCCCUGGAACCAGGAAGUAAAACUCCUCUUCCCAGAGGGUCACAGUCCUACUGGUCUUUGUUUCUCCCUGAUUACGAGAAGGGGGUUGCUGCGUCCCAAAAUGGCGACCGGAGUAUGGGCGAGUGGGUGUGUCAAAAGGGAAGUAGUGGGUGUGUGGAAAGGAAUGGGUGUGUCAAAAGGGAAGUAGUGGGUGUGUGGAAAGGAAUGGGUGUGUCAAAUCGUCUGCUAUAGGUUAGACGGUUUUGAUUGAGCUGUAUUUUUUUCUCUUCCGUUUCUUGCCACUCAACCAGACUGUGACACACAACUAGGUGCUAUCAUCAACCAAAAAGGGUUAUUUGUCUGUCCUCAUAAGAGAACCCUUUGAAGAACCCCCUUUGGUUCCAUGAAGAACCCUUUCCACAGAGGGGUCUGCAUGGAAUCUAAAAGAGUUCUACCUAGAACCAAAAAGGGUACUCCUAUGGGGACAGCCGUAAAACCCUUUUGGAACCCUUUUUUCUAUGAGUGUACCUCACAUUGAGCUACCAUACUGCGAGAGUUGGGACAUCUGUUUUUAAGCCAGAGGAUGAGUCUGAGUGUUAGAAUUACAUGAAUAAUUGUACAUUUUCCGGUUUAAAACUGAAGAUUGUUUAUUGGGGCGGCAGCUAGCCUUGCGUUGGGUCAGUAACUGAAAGGUUGCUAGAUCAAAUCCCAGAGCUGACAAGGUCAAAAUCUGUUGUUCUGCCCCUGAACAAGGCAGUUAACCCACUGUUCCUAGGCCAUCAUUGUAAAUAAGAAUGCGUUCUUAACUGACUUGCCUAGUUUAAAUAAAUAUUAAAUAAAAACAUUUGAAGUAUUGAUGAUGGGUGUACUGUUGCUUUAUGGGUUGUACGCAUGUUCCUACUGUGAAUGUCACCAUGAUAUAUUACUGUGACUGUCACCCUGAUAUAUUACUGUGACUGUCACCCUGAUAUAUUACUGUGACUGUCACCCUGAUAUAUUACUGUGACUGUCACUCUGAUAUAUUACUGUGACUGCCACCCUGAUAUAUUACUGUGACUGUCACCCUCAUAUUACUGUGACUGUCACUCUGAUAUGCUACUGUGACUGUCACCCUCAUUACUGUGACUGUCACACUGAUAUAUUACUGUGACUGUCACCCUGAUAUAUUACUGUGACUGUCACACUGAUAUAUUACUGUGACUGUCACUGUGAUAUAUUACUGUGACUGUCAACCUGAUAUAUUACUGUGACUGUCACCCUGAUAUAUUACUGUGACUGCCACCCUGAUUUAUUACUGUGACUGCCACCCUGAUAUAUUACUGUGACUGUGACUGUCACACUGAUUUAUUACUGUGACUGCCACCCUGAUAUAUUACUGUGACUGUCACCCUCAUAUUACUGUGACUGUCACCCUGAUAUUGGCUACUAGGUAGCUACUUCCCACACCGUUGCUGGACAGUAGUGCCUGUCAUACGAGAGCGAACGGUACUGGGUCCGGUGUUCUUGGUUUUCAUGCGUGCCCUCCCCAUUGAGUAGUAGACUGUAUGUACUGUAUGUAUCAAGAUGGUUAUCAAUAUUAGUUACUUCUUGUGUAGGCUGCUGCCCUCUUUUAAAUAAAAUAAUUUGAGAGAAAACAUUGCCACGUUAGCUGCUGCCUGCAACAUGACCACGAUACCAGUGGCAAUCGGUGCCAUUUAAGAUUCUUAUUAUUUUAACCUUUAUUUAACCUGGCAAGUCCGUUAAGAACAAAUUCUUAUUUACAAUGAUGGCCUGCACCGGACGACGCUGGGCCUAUUGUGCACCUCCCUAUGGG